AACUGAGUGUGGGUUGUACUAUUUACCUCAGUUCCGUGUGCUUAAGCUAAUUUGUGAUGGGUUUGUACUUUCCUGAGUGUUUUCAACGGAUAAUACGAAUGUUUGUGAGGAAGGGAAUCCACUUUUUACUCAACGACAUUUUAGAAAACUCAUAACUCAUCCAGCAAGUCCUUAAAGCCUGGCCCAAGAUACACUCAGCUGGACUGGACCACCAAAAAUCAGCUAAUCACCAGCAGAUCUGAACUGCAGAGACUGACAGCAAGCCAGAUCAGCCAAGACCUGCAAUGUGUGAGGGAUGAUGCCACCACCCAGGUUCUCUGGGCCACUCGAAGCACACAAUUCAACCUCAGCUGCCGUGUGGAAGAAUUGAAGCUUUGGAAGAGCCAAAUGGCUAAUAGUAUCACACAAGUUGAUCAGGAGAUCUCUCUACUGGAGCAGGUGAAGGCAUCUGCUGAGACAUGCCUGCAGGAGAAAGCCCUCUACACACAGGUUCUUGAGGAGUGUGUGACGCUGCGUGAUGGCCGCUUGGCUGGAGAUCUUGUCUAUGACCAUGUGGAGGAGCAGCUGGCCAGAGAGGUACAACUGUGUGAAGACGUCAAGCAGCUGGUUCAGCAGAGGAUCACUGAGGUGCUGGAACAUCAGAGGACAUUAAAGGAGAUGCGUAGUCAGCUGUUAGCUGACCAGAAGGACAAAGGCGAUGCGAUCAAUCUCAACAGUCAGUGCCUUACCUUGAACCUCCAGUCUCCCAGUAUUGGAUACAGAUACCAAAUCUCCAAUGUCACCAAAGGAAUCUUGACUUAUGAGCAGUGGAUAGCACAUUGCCAGAACUUGAAGAAAAGUGCAGAAAAGGUGGUCCUGGACUCUUCCUAUUUCCGCAACAACCUGCAGUACUCACUCUCUCAGCUCAUUCAUUCUCUGGAGGCCCAGCGCAUUGCUACAGAGUUCUCUUUUCGCAAGAGGCUGGACGAACUGAGCAGAGCCAAGGACGCUCUUGAAUGGGAAAAGCAGCAGGUGAUGGAAGCAGUAAAUGAGCUACAGGCAGAGAUGCAGAAGGUGGAGAGUCAGAUCCUCAGCUCUGGCUCUGAGGAGCAGCUCGCUCAGACUCAGCUGGACAUCCUAGCUCAGAGAUUGAACUAUGAACUCUGUCUGGAUCAGGGUGUGAAGAGUAAUGGUCGGUGA